AUGAAUACUAUUGAAAAAAAUGAAAUAGAUAAAUCCCAUUUAAACUUAAAAGAUGAUCACAAAAAAGAAGAUUCAUCAUGUUUAAAAAUAAAUGUUUAUGAUCAAGAUAGUAAAGCAUAUUUAUCAAGUAUAGAUGAUCUGAAAUUACGGAAAUUUGGUUGUGUGCUAGGUUUAGAAAAUUAUAUAUUUAAAUUAAAGAAAAGAGUAAGUAAAUUUUAUUUUAUAUACGCAGUAGUAACAAUAAUUCAUUUUUUAAUAUAUGUAAAUAGAGGAAUAAUACCAGGAUCAUAUGAUUACAUAUCAACAUAUUUAAAAGAAAAAUUUGAAAUAUCAAAUAUAGAUAUGCACAUAGGAUUUUUAACUUCAGUAUUUGUAUUUGGUUUAAGUAUAAGUUCGGUUAUAAGUGGUUCACUAGGUUCAGCUUAUAGCAUAUUUAAAAUAACGGAUAUAUUUUUAUUUCAAAAUUCUCUUGCUUUAUUUAUAACAGGAAUUUCUUUUAUUAUUGGAUCAUAUUAUUCUUUAAUGUUUAGUCGUUUUUUUUGCGGAUUUGGUGAAGCAGCUUUUAUUACUAUCAUUCCACCCCUUAUAUAUUCAUACUCUAAAAAUAAAGCAGGGUCAUGGAUUAGUAUUUUUAUUACAAUGUUUCCUUUAGGAGGAUGUGCUGGUUAUUUACUUGCUGUCGUUCUUCCUUAUACUAAAAUAACAAUUGCUCAAUAUUUCAUCAUUUCAGGAUUUGUCUUUUUUAUUUUUGUUAUAUGUUUUUAUUUUUUUGAUGAAAAAAUGCUAAAAGAAUAUGAAGACAAGAAGAGUUUGAAAAAAGAGCAAAAAUCAAAUAAAGAAAAUGAUAUUGAAGAAGGAAAUCAGCUGAAAGAAGAAAAUUAUUUGAAGGAAGAAGAAAGUUUAAAAAACGUAGAAGAAUUUAAAGAUAAUAAAAAAAAAAAUAUUGAAGAUUUGAAUACAACUUCAGAUAAAGCAAAUAUUCAUGAUAUAGUAGAUUCUUAUAUACCUCAUGAAUUAAAUGUUGAAAAUGAAAAAAAUAAUGAAAAAAAAAAAAAAAAAAAAAUUAAACGAAAGAAUAAUAAUAUUAUAACUAAAAAUAGUAAUAGCAAAAAUAUUAACAAUAACAAUAAUAAUACUACUGAUAAUAAUGACGAUAGUAAUGUUAAUGAUAAUAAUAAUAAUAUCAAUGUAGAAUCAAAAAAAGAAGAUAAUAUAACUGCAGAUAGAACAGAGAAGAUUAAUCAAGGGGAAAAUGAAAAAAAAAAAAAAAAGCGCAGAAAUAAAAAAGAAAAGAAAAAAGAAUCAACAAAGAAUAUGAGCGAUAAUAAUAAUAUUUUUCAUACAAAUAACUUAAACUUAAGAAAAUUAAAAAGUAGAAAUUUGCAUAAAAAUAAAAAUUUUAAAAAUGAACAUUUAAGUUUAAAAUUUUCUGAAAGCAAAAAGUUUUCUAGUCUUAAAAAUUUUACCAAUUUAAAGCAUAUAUCAUGUAUAAAGAGAAUUAAUAGUAAUUCAAAUUCGAGAAAUAAGAAUUCAACUGAUUACUCCGAUCAUAAAUCAUUUGACUCUUAUAAAAUGUGUAAAAAAAAUAAAAUGAGAUUAUAUGAUGAUGAAUUAUAUGAUGUUGAAAAACCUAUAAAUGAAUCAAAUAAUACCUCUUUUAACUCAGUACAAAAAAAUGAUAAUGACAAUAGCUGCUUUAUAAAUAAAAAUAAAAUAGUCAAAAAUAAUUAUGAUGAAACAGAACUUAUAAAUAGUAAUUAUGUAGAUCAAAAUUCAGAUAAUGUGUAUACUAUGGAUACUUACAAUAAGGAUCAGUUAUGUUUAAUGAGCCCCAAAAAAUCAUUUAAUAGCAGUAAAAAGGAAAAUAAUUUUUUAGAUAUAAAAGAUAAUUUAGAAAAGUUAAAUAAACAUGAUAAUGAAGAAUUAAAUUUAAAUAUAUUUGCAAAAGCAACCUUAUUCAAUCCGAGUUUUUUAUUAUUAGUUACUGCUUUAACAGCACACUCAGAUAUUAUUCAAAGUUAUUUAGUUUAUGGACCAGCUAUAUUGUAUGCCCUUGAUGUUUAUCCUACAUAUAAAUCGGCAACAGUAAUAUGUAGUUUGUGUGCAUGUUUAUCUUCAAUAAUAGGUACAUGUUUAGGAGGAUUUUUAAUGGAUUUAUAUGAUUUAAAUAUACAAAAUAUAGAUAAAAAUUAUGAACAUAUAAAAAAUAAUCAAAAGAGAAUUAAAUUAUAUAAUAAAGAUAUACUAGUUUAUAAAUAUCUCCGAAUCAUAGGUUUACAAACAUUUAUCAUUUUAUUCUUUGGAUCUGUGUUUUCCUUAGUGCUUCCGUUUAUUAAUAAUCUAUAUAUUUUUACAAUUAUGAUGACAUUUGGGCUAACUUUUCUAUUUUCAUCAAUGCCGGGUCAUAACAUUGGUGUUAUGGUAUGUGUUCCUCAAAACAUUAGACCUUUUUCUGUGGGAAUGUCAUCAUUUAUAUCACAUAUAUUUGGUGAUAUCCCAUGGAUAGUUAUUACUGGAUAUAUUAAAGGCAUAUUAUCUCCUGAUUGUCUCGUAACAAGAGAUGGUGAAAUAUCUGAUUUAUGCCGAGAACAAAGUUGGGGGUUAAGAGUUACUUUACUAAUUAUAUGUUCAAAAUCUCUUAUAAUGACUUUUGGAAGUUUAUUUCUUUACAUGCAUUCGAAUAAGAAAAUUGACAAAUAUAAAAAUAGACAAGAAAAUACAUAA